UGAACGCCUGAUUGUCUUCUGCAUUUUAGUGACAUUUUAGGAUGGCCGACAAAGCAAUAUCGAAGUGUACUCAUGUAAUUUUCGACUUGGAUGGUCUCAUGAUUGAUACUGAAGCUAUUUAUACCAGAGUGACUGAAGAAAUUCUGGAACCUUAUGGCAAGACAUUUGAUUGGUCGGUAAAAUCUAAGAUGAUGGGGCGUGGCAGUCUAGAAGCAGCAAAAGUCUUGGUGGAGGAGCUUCAGUUGCCGCUAACAGCAGAAGAAGUUGUGAAAAUAUCACAAGACAAGCUUUUGGAGCAGUUCCCUUCAGCAUUACUACUGCCCGGCGUAGAAAAGUUCGUGCGUCACCUUCACAAGCACAAUAUACCGUUUGCAGUCGCUACGGGGUCAGGAAGACAGGGUUACGACAAAAGGUAAAGCCUGCGUCAGACCGGCGGUGGUCCAUGCAACUCUUGUGUGGCAUGGAGCGACUUAGUCCAUCGUAGGGUUACCCCCAGCAUUAAAUUCGCCCAUACACAUUUAUACAUGUAAGUGAUGAGAGGCACUGUGAGAGUCAAGUGUCUUGCUCAAGACCAGAGCGCCGGCCGGGACUCGAAGCCAGACCGCUUGAUUUGGAGUCCAGCACACUAACCAUUUGGCUACUGCGUAUCCAGUGUUUGAAAUGAGACAAUGCCGAGAAUGCAGUGGCCCUAACAAAAUGUCAACAAGUCUGCAGAUUUUUAAGUUUCUAAAAAAACUUGUUGUCCGCUGUUUUGGCAAGCAAGUAAGACACUUAGCUGUGCAUUGGUGGAGGUAAAUUAAACGCCGUAAAAUGUUAGUCCACUCCCUGAACUCUCCCUUCGCGAGCGUUCAAGGACUGGUCUAUGGCAUUUUUGAUGAGCUGGCAUCUCGAGCUCUAACCCUUCGCCGGAGCAAAGAAAGAAACAUCAGCCUUUCUUAACUCGUAACUGAUAAUUUAGGUUUCUGGCUAAGUGAGAACAUUUCUGUUCGGCUAAAGUGGCCCAUACAGGAGCUGUUCCGCUUUCUAAGGCGUGAAACCACCAAGGUACUCUCCAAGGGUGGGACACUGAUAAAACACUACUCCAUUGCACGUGACCACAAACUUUGCAAAAUUUUUCUCAGGUCACUCUGAAACGUGCCAUUACCUAAACUUGUGGGUCAAGAAAGGCCCUAGUUGGAAAUGUGUGUCCAAAGAACGUCGCGACACGGUGAGAUGAACCAGUCGUAGCACUCGGGCUUUCCGGAGCACCUUCCAUGGCAAAUGUAAUAAAUGUAGGAUGCAAGCUCACCCCACGUCAAAAUUAUCACGAGUCGAUCUAAAUUACAGAUAAGGUCAUUUUUAACUUGGAAAAUAAUAUUUUCCAAGCUGUAGUGGUGGAACGAUUUCACUCCGUCAACCCUUCACUCCUUCACUCAGUCACUUCUUGUUAGACAUUUGCAGCCCCAGGGGGCGGGAACUCCCAUAUAAAAAGGUAAGGGAUGCUGAUCGGAAAAUUUGAAUUUAACUCCUAAAGGAAAC